GAGUUUCUCCUCCCGGCGCAGUGAGAGCCGCGCGCACCGCUUACCGGACUGACCCGAGCACAGAGACCGGAACACGGAGCAGGAGGCAGGCAGAACCGGAGCGCAGAGAGACCUGGUCGGAGAUGGACGACCGCCAUCCGCCACUGCUGUAGGUCAGCGAUGGCCCAGGUGUUUCCUGCUGGUGGAGGAGAUGAAGCCCAGUCCGGACUCUGUGUUGGUCGUCAUGGGCUCCCUGGAUGGAAGCACGCCGGUUGAGACGCUGCUUUCUGCGAUUCAUCUGGAGAGGUACCUGGACACCUUCCAUCGAGCCGGUCUCCUAUUGGCUAGAGACUUCACACACCUCGACAGCGAUGCAUUGGUCAGUCUGGGCAUAACUGCCACAGGACACAGGAAGAGAAUCCUACGAUUGGUCAGUUACAUCGAGAGGACAGAAGGCCAAAGAGCCAAUCGGAACGCAGAUCUCCCUCGUGACCGCUGUCAGUCAGUUUGUUCUUCGAAGCGCACCGAGUCGCCCCGUCAGGAGGUGAUCAGGAACAGCUCUGCUCCAGACCUCGCCGCCAUGCUGGCAAACUCCGAUGGCGGCAGGCCAACAGUGAAGCCGGUCCCCAAACCGAGAACCGUCUUCAAUCGCCGCAGGACCGCGCCCAUCCAGUUCACCCCAACACCCGACCCUGCUCCACCCCUACCCAGGAGGCUUUCCCAGGAGUCCAUCUGCCUCACUGUGCUGGAAAGUCUGAGCUCAGCGGACAUGCCCACAGCAGACAGCGCUUUGACCUCUGACCUCAGUGACAAGGCGCCGUCACCAAGCCGAAGGUCGAGCCAGGGGGAGAGAACUGGGCACGGCCGCAGCAGGUCUCUGUCAGACACUGGAGGGUUACCGCCUGUUCCCCCGAGGCUGAACCGCAUCAUCCCCCCCGGAUCGAUGCAGGGGACUCCUUGCGCUUCUUCUUCUCCUGUUCCCACAGAGCAUUUGCAGGCGCCGUCCUUCACUUCCUGCAUGGGUAGUCAUGACAACAGCAGGCUCUCUGGAUCCUCCCCCUCCGGUUCUCCCCGAGGAGGAGGCCUAGAGAUGGUCUCCAAUGAGAUAUAUUGGGGCACGUUACACAGCUCUGCUGCCCCCGGUGGGAAGAGGAAUUAUUGCAGCCAGCAGUCGGCUCCUCCCACUCCACCCAGACAGACACCUGAGAGGAACUGUGAGAGGAACAGUGGCAGCACUUUAAGUAACAACUCUUCAGGAUCAGCCAGAGCCUCCACGGACGACCCCGAGGACGAGAUCAGCCCGUACUGUGAGACCGUUUUCCAAACCCGGAGACAUCCUCACGCCGCUGAGAGCGAGAGAAGCAGACAUGAAGGAAGGGAGGCGAGGAAAGAGGAGAAGCACGCAGAGGAUCAUGGGGGUCACAGGUUCUCGUGGACGAAGCGUUUUUCGCAGCCGUUUCACCCCGGGGACUCGCCAGGUUACAGCACUGUGGGAGAAGCUCCACCCUCCCUCCGCUGCCUCUCGCUGCCCCACCACGCCCUCCCCUCCGAGGCCGACGAGGACCUUACCAUCUCCCCCUACGCCAGCUACACCUCCCUGACCGAGAGAGCCCCGCCCAUCAUCAGCGGCUGGCUGGACAAGCUGUCUCCGCAGGGGGGUCGGAGGUCAUCUCUGCCCGUUCUGCUGUGUGUCCUUCUGUCUGCUCCUCCCUGUGUCUCCUUUCUCCUGAGGACAUGCCUCUGCCUCGUCACUGUCCUUUCCUCCUCUUCCUACACUCGGAACUAUGUUUUCCAGAAACGCUUCGUGAAGUUUGACGGCAAAAACUUGAUGUACUUCGGCAGUGAGAAGGACGCCUACCCUAAAGGAGUCAUCCCAUUGGCUGCCAUCCAGAUGGCCCGUCCAGCCAAAGACAAUAAAUUUGAAAUUGUGACGAGUCACCGGAUCUUUGUGUUCAGGACGGAUAACGAAGUGCUGCGGCGGCGCUGGGUGUCCACGCUGCAGGAACACGUCAGAGAUCAGCUGGUGUUUGGACGGCGGCGUUUCGGUCCUGGAGCUCACUGCCAGAAACAUGGGGGCCUGGAACUCAAAGGAACCAAAUCCAAAGUGUACGCUGCCAUCAACACGGACCAGAUCUGGCUCUACAAGAGCGAGCAGUGUUUCCGUAACGGCAUCGGCAUCACGGUGAUCGAAGCUCGCGGAGCAACGAUCCGAGAUGGAAAACACAAGAGCUUCGACCUCAUCACGCCGUAUAAAACUUUCAGCUUCACCGCAGACUCAGACCGGGACAAACGGGACUGGAUGGAGGCACUGCAGGAGGCGAUCGCAGAGACUCUCUCAGAUUACGAGGUGGCCGAGAAAAUCUGGUCCAACCGCUCCAACAGGAUGUGCGCCGACUGCAAGGCCCUGAACCCCGACUGGGCCUCCAUCAACCUGUGUGUGGUCAUCUGCAAGAACUGCGCAGGCCAGCACAGAGGGCUGGGCACGAUGGUCUCCAAGGUUCAGAGUCUGAAACUGGACACAAGCGUGUGGAGCAACGAGAUCGUUCAGCUCUUCAUCAUGCUGGGGAACGACCGGGCCAACGACUUCUGGGCGGCCCGUCUGUCCGUCUCUGAGGAGUUGGACUGCGAUGCGUCGGCCGAGCAGAGGAAAGAGUUCAUCGCCCAGAAGUACCGCGAGGGUCGAUACCGCCUCGCCCACCCGGCGUUCAGCAGCCAGGAGGAGCUGCUCAAGGUUCUGUGUUCAGCCGUCUCUGAGCAGACUCUCCUGAAAACGGUGACUCAGAUUUUCUCAGAGGCGGAGUCAGCGCACCUCGCCAACGACUCCAACGGCCGCCACCCCCACCUAGCGGAUCACUGCAGCACAUCAGAUCCCAGCGUCUACGAUGAAAUCAUGCAGCCGGUUCUUCACUCUGGGUACCUCUACAAGUCGAGCUCUGCCAACAGAGGAACCAUGUCCAGAAAAAACAGAGAAGACUUCCAGAAGUUCUGGUGCUCGGUGGAUCAGUCUCUGGUCUUCUACGAGUCGGAUCGAUCAGCUGAUCCCAGCCUGCAGAUCAGCGCUAAAGACAUCGUGUGUUUGGGCGUCAGUCGACCCGACUCCUCCAACAACAACGGAUUCAUUGACAGGUUUCGUUACACCUUCGAGUUGUAUCUGACGUCGGAGAAACUCUUUCAGUUUGGCUUGGAAGCGGCCGACCAGCUGCACAGCUGGACCAAAGCCAUCGGAAAGGCUGCCACGCCGCUCAGCUGUCACUGCCUGCUGACCCGAGAGUUUGAGCGGGUCGGGCUUCUACGGUACCGGGCGAUGCUGGACCCUCAGCAGUGGAAGGAGGCUUACUUUGUCCUGCAGAAGUCCAACCUGUUCAUCUGUCCCCGCAACGACGGCGCCGCCGAGGACAUCAUCAACCUCAACCGCCUGCAGGAGCUGAGUAUCACCUCCGAGAUGGAGAACCAGGAGAAGAAAGACAUCCUGGUCCUGGUGGAAAAAGGAAGAACGCUCCACCUGCAGGGCGUCGGUCGCGCAGACUUCUCUCUGUGGUACUCCGACAUUCAGCGAGCAGCCGGCGGUAAAGGAAACGCUCUGAGAGACCAGCAGAUGAGCAGGAACGACAUCCCCAUCAUCGUGGACAGCUGCAUCGCCUUCAUCACACAGUACGGUCUGGGUCACGAGGGCAUCUACAGGAAGAACGGAGCCAAAUCCAGGAUCAAACUGCUGAUGGAGGAGUUCCGCAGAGACGCUCGAAACGUCAAGCUGCGGAUCGGGGACCACUUCAUCGAGGACGUGACCGAUGUACUGAAGAGGUUCUUCAGAGAGAUCGAUGACCCUAUCUUCAUGGUCGAUCUCCACCCGCUGUGGCAGGAAGCUGCCAAAAUCCCUCAGAGGCGUGCGAGGCUGGACCGUUACAAAGACAUCAUCCGCACUCUACCCCGAGUCAACCGGACCACCCUGGCUGCUCUCAUCAGUCACCUGUACAGGGUCCAGAAGUGCGCAGAUCUGAACCAGAUGUGCACCAAGAACCUAUCGCUGCUCUUCGCUCCAAGUCUGUUCCAGACGGACGGGAAAGGUGAGCAUGAGGUGAAGAUCGUGGAGGACCUGAUAGACAACUACCUGUACGUCUUUGAAAUCGAUGAGGAGCACCAGACCCAGAUUGAGCUGGAAAUCAGCCUCAUCACCACCUGGAAGGACACUCAGCUCUCUCAGGCCGGUGAUCUGAUCAUUGAAAUCUAUCUGGAGAUGAAGAUACCCGACUGCUGCAUAACUCUCAAAGUGUCUCCCACCAUGUGUGCUGAGGAGCUGACCAAUCAGGUUCUGUACAUGAGGAACGUCCCAGCUGGGGACAAAGACGUCUGGAUGACGUUCGAGGCCAUCGAGGACGGUCAGCUGGAGCGUCCGUUACACCCCAAAGAGAAGGUCCUGGAGCAGGCUCUGCAGUGGUGUAAGAUGGCCGACCCGAGCUCCGCCUACCUGGUGGUGAAGAGGGUCCCUAAAGGAGAAGCCAUCACUCUCCUCACCUCCUAUAAGAGCGAGAUCAUGAAGGUGGGUCUGCUGAGGUGUCGCGAGGAGCCUCCGAAGCUCCUUCAGGGGACCAGGUUCCAGGAGAGAACGUUCCAGAUUCGACACCACAAACUGCUGCUGCUCAAAGACAAGAAGAGCAUCAAACCUGAGAAGGAGUGGGCUCUGAAAUCCUUAAAGAUCUACAUCGGCAUCCGCAAGAAGCUGAAGGCUCCAACCAGGUGGGGCUUCACAGUGAUGUCAGACAAACACCAGCUGUACCUGUGCUGCAGCAGCGAGGCCGAGCUGUGGGAUUGGAUCACGAGCCUUCUCAGAGCUCAGAACGAUGACCCGGGUCCUCCAGUGCUGCGCCGCCACUCCUCCUCUGACAUCUCCAAGCAGAAGUUCGGAACGAUGCCGCUCGUCCCCAUCAGAGGAGACGAGAGCAACAGCAGCAUGCUGUCGGCCAAUCAGACGCUGAGGAAACUACACGACCGGAGAACUCUGUCCAUGUACUUUCCCAUGAAGGUCCAGCAGGACUCGUUCGAGGAACGCUCGGAGUCUCCUGACCUGCCUGAGCCGCUCUACGAGGAGGUCGGCGACUUCGGCCUGCAGGUCCUGAAGUCUCUGGAGACCAGCUUCCUGUCCAGCAGCAUCGCAGAGACCCAGGAAGUGCCAGACCACCCCCCACUCAGGUUGGUUCCCGUGGAGUCCAGAGAUUUGGAUCACAUGAUCAUCCCGGAAGUGGUCCGGAUGGCGAGAGGCUCCGUGGAGACUCUGGAGCAGAGCAGCAGCAGCAGCGGAGGAGCCGGCGGAGCCGAUGGAGAUCCAGGCUCUCCAGAUUCAGACGCCGCCAGCCAGCCCGCAGUGAGAAGCAGGCAGACGCUGCAGGGAGUCUGCACGCCAUCGCAGGAACUGCUCCUGCAGGAGCUGUCCUCCGCCUUCAUCAAGAAUACCACGGAGGAGGAGCAGGAGGAAGAGGAGAGGCCCUACGAUGUCUGAGGACCGAAAGGUGGAGUCACAUGAUCUCCCUCCAUUCACAGCACGCCAGCAGUCGACUCAAGGUUGCGAUUCAGGUUACAGAGACAACGAUCACAUGACCUCCUACAGGACCCGUCAGGCAGACUUUACUGUAAAAGCUGCGGCUGAGGAGGGCCAUGUGAUGCGGUCGCCUGUAGGUGAUUGGAGCUCAGUUCGGGGCUGUGCUAACAUCAGCGACUCUGACUUUUUCAGCCUGCGUGCAGCGUCCUCUGCAGCCAGGAGAGGGCGCUGUAUCAGUUUGUACUUGACAGACUGAGAGCUGAGUCGUUCUCUUUAUGUAACAGGAAGUUUGAUCACACGUGUUUAAUUGUGAAUGACUCACAAACGGUCAAAAGUGUUUUUAUGAUAUUUUAAUGUUUCCAACGAGUCUAAUCUGAUAUCUCACAUCAGUAACCUUCUCUAACCUGUCAGUUCAAAUACUCGAUGAAGCUCACACAGGUAAAGGAGGAAGGUGUCACGUGCGUGUGACUCAGUAACAGGUAACCCGCAGCGCUGUUCCUGCGGACGUGUUUAAAUAAAGUUAGAAGAGACAAAGUGACAGACUCUGGGAUUACACAUCAGAUUACACAAACGAUGACAUCAUAGAAACGCAGCACUGUGAAGAUUAAAUUGAAGUAAACAAGCUGCAACAUGUGGAACAAAUCAAACUGUGAACACAGCUGGUCACAUCUAAACGCAGGCGCCUCAUUGGUCAGUUCUACAGGUCUGCGUGUAAAGUGACCAAUGAGGCGCCUGCGUCAGUCUUAAAUUGGCGGUCUGGAAGUCGUGCGAGUUGGUUUGGCGCCUCCUGCUGGGACAGUGUAACGUGUUCUUCCUGUCGCUCUGUCAGCGCUAAUGCUGCAUUUCCUGUGAGGACUUCAUAAUAAAAGUCAUGUGAUGAUCCAGCUGGAGUUCAUAGUACUGCAGUACUUCCAUCAGUUAUCACUUUGUAUUAGUUUGGAAGCUGUAUGAACAUUUUUAUAGACGUGUUAUUCAUAUAAAGACACUUGUAAACAUAUCUGCAGUAACACACACGUGUGUAUUUAUGGGAGUGUUUGCCAGUAGCCACAGUGUUCCAGUAAAGCUGCUGGUGAGGACAGACUGGCCUCACUGGUUUGUGUUGCUGAAACCUCCGUGUGCUCAUGUUCCUGUACAGAUUUGGGAUUUGUUAUUAAACUGCUGGUUUGCUGCAAACUGA